UCUCCUUUUGUGUAGCUGAGCAUUCUACUGCUCGCCAGCACCCCGAUCUGGGGCAAGCCCACCUUUGGCCGGGAGCACGUACACAUUCGCAUACACCUGCCCGAAGGCGGUGGUGGUGGUGGCGAUCAUGGCCAUGGCCAUGGCGGCGGCGGCGGUGGCGGUGACUUCUCCGGCUAUGAAAUACAUGGAGGUGGUCAUGGUGGCGGCGGCGGUUAUGGAGGCGGCGGCGGUGGUGGUGGACAUGUGAGCACCUUUGCUAUCAUUACUGAAGACCACCAUGGCCAUGGAGGCGGCGGCGGUGGUGGUGGCGGCCAUGGAGGCGGCCAUGGAGGCGGCCAUGGAGGCGGCUAUAGCGCUGGCGGACAUGGUCACGAUGAAGCCCAGAUUGCAGUGAUUGCAUCAGCAGCCGGAGCAUCAGAUUCCUCCUCGCACGGUGGUUAUGGCGGCGGUGGUGGACAUGGUGGAUACAGCGGCGGCGGCGGCGGUGGACAUGACGGUGGUCUGGCUCAUAUUGCAGCAAUUGCAGCUAGCUCAGAUUCGUCCUCGCACGGUGGUUAUAGCGGCGGUGGUGGAGGAGGUGGAUACGGCGGCGGCGGCGGCGGUGGCCAUGACGGUGGUCUGGCUCAUAUUGCGGCCAUUGCAGCAUCAGAUUCCUCCUCGCACGGUGGUUAUAGCGGCGGUGGUGGAGGAGGUGGAUACGGCGGCGGCGGCGGCGGUGGACAUGACGGUGGUCUGGCUCACAUUGCAGCCAUUGCAGCUAGUUCAGAUUCGUCCUCGCAUGGUGGCUACAGCGGCGGUGGUGGACAUGGUGGUUAUAGCGGCGGCGGUGGUGGCUAUAGCGGUGGCGGCGGUGGUGGACAUGACUCCGGUGUGGCUCACAUUGCAGCCAUUGCAGCUAGCUCCGGCGGCAGCGGCUAUGGUGGCUACAGCGGCGGUGGUGGAGGAGGUGGCUACAGCGGCAGUGGUGGAGGAGGUGGUUACAGUGGCGGCGGCGGCGGCUUUGGUGGUGGUCAUGACGAUGGUCAUUUGGCCGCCGUGGUUACCUCGUCGUCCUCGCAUGGGUCAGGCAGUGGUGGCUAUAGCAGCUAUGCUGCACCUGCGAGCGGUGGCGGCAGCUCAGACUACUCCAGCUACAGCAGCGGUAGCAGCUACAGCAGUGGUGGCAGCUACAGCAGCGGUGGUGGUGGAUACAGUAGCGGCGGCGGUGGUGGCUACAGCAGCGGCGGUGGACAUGAUGCUGCCAGUUUGGCCAUUGCUGUUAGCGGUGGCUCCCAUGGCUCCAGCGGCGGUGGCGGUGGUGGUGGCGGCUACAGUUACGCACCGCCCGCUAGUUCCAGCUGGUCUUAA